UAAGGCCAGCAUUUCGCGUUUAUGUGUGCUAUGGUUUGCUAGCCUGAGUGAGUGGAGUGAGCGCGCGAAGCUGAGAAGACAACAAUAACAAUCAACUACUAAAGGCUUUACAGUUUUCUUUCUCUAUUUAUAUUUCUACUGAUUUACACCUGUGCUCAGAGUAAUCAAAGAUGAGUUUGUGGGUGGAUAAAUAUCGACCAAAGUCUUUGUCUCUUCUUGACUAUCAUAAAGACCAGGCUAAUCAGUUAAAGAAUUUGGUGAAACAAGGAGACUUUCCUCAUUUGCUUGUCUAUGGCCCUUCCGGGGCAGGAAAAAAGACUCGUGUGACAUGCCUCUUGAGAGAGCUUUAUGGACCAGGUGUGGAAAAACUCCGCAUGGAAAGUGUACCCAUCACGACUCCAUCUGGUAAAAAACUUGAUAUAAAGACAAUCAGUAGCAACUACCACAUUGAAGUUAAUCCAAGUGAUGCUGGAAUCUAUGACAGAUGUGUAGUUAUGGAGUUGGUCAAAAAUUCGGCUCAAACCCAUCAACUUGACCCAACUGGUCAACGUGAUUUUAAAGUUGUUGUACUUACCGAAGUAGACUCCCUGUCAGUUGAUGCACAACAUGCUUUAAGACGUACAAUGGAGAAGUAUGUCUCCACCUGUCGGUUGAUUCUCAUUUCAAAUUCAACUUCUCGUGUUAUUCCUGCUAUCAGAAGCCGUUGCUUGGGUGUUAGAGUUGCAGCACCCACCCAAGACCAGAUCAUCUCAAUAUUACAGAUGGCAUGCAAAAAGGAGGGCCUUUCUCUUCCUUUAGAUCUUGCGAAGAAAAUUGUAGACAAAUCUGAGCGCAAUCUACGACUAGCCCUUUUAAUGUGCGAGUCUUGCAAAGUUCAAGAGACCCCAUUAAAAGAAAAACAAGAGCCAAUUUUGCCACAGUGGCAAGUUUUUCUUAAAGAUACAGCUAGAAGCAUCAUGCAUGAGCAGAGUCCCAAGCAAUUGAUGGAAGUUCGAGGUCGACUCUACGAACUUUUAAGUCACAAUAUUCCCAUCCAAAUAAUAUUUAAGGGUUUACUUAAAGAAUUGGUAAGCAAUUGCGAUAUGAAAUUAAAGGCUGUUGUUGUAGAGGAGGCAGCAUUUUUUGAACACCGUGUUCAUCAGGGUAGCAAAGGAAUUUUUCACUUAGAGGCCUUUGUUGCUAAAUUUAUGUGCAUAUACAAGAAGUUUAUGGAGGAUUCUGUCAUUGACAUGUUUUAAAUCUUUUUGUUCAGUAUGUUUUGAGUGGGCUAUGGCAGUUAAGCUGAAUAUGUCACAUGAAAUGAUUGUUAAUAAAUACAACUUUUUUUAAAAUCUGA